AUUAUGUGAAUUUGUCACAGGUUCUGGAGGACGGCGCUGGGUUUGAGGCCGAGCACAGCCGGGAGUUUGGGAUAUGGAUAACUUGACUGUGGCCGCUUCAUGCACCUACCAUGAAGAGUUCAAGCAGAUCCUGCUCCCUGUGGUCUACUCCCUGGUCUUCGUGGUGGGGCUGCCCUUGAACUUCAUUGUCAUCGUCCAGAUCUGGCUCUCCCACAAAGCCCUGACCCGCACCACCAUCUACAUGCUCAACCUGGCGGCGGCCGACUUGCUGUACGUCUGCUCUUUGCCCCUCCUCAUCUACAACUAUUCCCAGAAGGACUACUGGCCCUUCGGCGAUUUCACUUGCCGCUUGGUGCGCUUCCAGUUCUACACCAACCUGCACGGCAGCAUUCUGUUCCUGACCUGCAUCAGCGUCCAGCGCUACCUGGGGAUCUGCCACCCUCUCUCCACCUGGCACAAAAAGAGGGGGAAAGGGUUCACCUGGGGGGUGUGCGGGGUGGUGUGGUUCAUGGUCACCGCCCAGUGUCUGCCCACGUUCACCUUCGCCUCUACGGGCAUCCAGAGGAAUAGGACGGUCUGCUACGACCUAAGCACGCCGGAACGCUCUGCCGACUACUUCCCGUAUGGCAUCACCUUGACCAUCACGGGCUUCCUGAUCCCCUUUAUCUCUAUCCUGGGCUGCUACUGUUGCAUGACCAAGAUCCUCUGCCAGAAGGACGAGAUGAUCGGCCUGGCGGUCCGCAAGAAGAAAGACAAGGCCGUCCGGAUGAUCAUCAUCGUCGUCCUGGUUUUCGCCGUCAGCUUCUUCCCUUUCCACCUGACCAAGACCAUGUACCUGAUCAUCCGCUCCGUACCGGGAACAUCUUGCUUCACCAAGCAAGCCUUUGCCAUCACUUACAAAUGUACCCGACCUUUCGCUAGCAUGAACAGCGUCCUGGAUCCCAUCCUCUUCUACUUCACCCAGCGCAAGUUUCGGGAAAGCACCAGGCACCUCUUGGAUAAAGUCAGUACCAAAUGGAAGCACAAUUCAUGAAAGAUGGACAGUGAUAGAGCGUAGAAGCUGUUCCUUCUGCCCUUCAGCGAAGGAAGGGGGUGAGUGAUGCUCCAGUUUCGGGCCAACUCUCAGGCAACCUCUCUUGGCUGUUGAGACCCUCGUUGCUCGGAGAUCAGUCUGGCAUGCUGGAGAGACUAAUGAGCUCUCUCCGGUUGCCACUCCAACCCCUUUGAGAAGACCUCGGCUUCUUCAGGGAAGGAGGAGAAUAUAAACAAUAGAUCUCUGGUACGUUCCUCUCUCUGUCUCUCUUGGAGUUAUGGUUGGGAAGAACCCUCCAUCUUGGUUUUUGGAGAUCCCAGCUCACCCAUCAACCCUCCGCAUCUUAUGGGUUGCCCAAGGGACCAAGAAGAGCAGAAGAAGAAGAUGCAUAGUUGCAUCAACAGAGAGAACGUCUCAAGCGGACGUGGUCACCAAGAACAUCGAGAUGGGACGAUUAGGUCUGAAUGGCCAGUGAGAAAACUCCCUUAAGUAAACCCCCGUGGGGGUUCCGGAUGGGGCUUUUUCAUGACAUAGUAGUAUAACGAUUCCACUGAGUGGCCUUGAACCUUCAAGUCUAUCAUGAAAUGUGUGGUUUCAGAAGUUUACACCGAGUUGAUCUUUUGAAUAAAGGUCUUCAACGUACUCGCAAACGAACGAUGACAACUGGAGAAUGAAUGAUAGCCUGGGGCAGAGUUUGGUCCCGACGCAUUCCAAUUGGGUGAGGUGCUGCUGAAGAAACACGGCCUUCUGGAGUCCAUGCACACACCCUGUUUCUUAGACCAAUCAGUAUUUAUUGGCUUAAUGCUGUUUCUGUGCUCCUUUGACUCCUUACCACUGACUACUGCCAUCUGAUUCCAUAUUGGUUGCGAUGCAGUCAAGCUGGAAGGUCUAGUAAACAUCCUUCCUGGUAAACAGGGAAGGUCCUAAAUCUUGUGAAGUUUGUGUACCAACCAUCACGGACACCAUAGAGCCCAGGAAAUAAACUGUGGUGUGGAAUUUGCACUUGCUUCCUGGGAAGAAAUUAAGAUUUUCCACCCUUGUAGUACCGGAGGGAGGAAAAAUCUAAUAUUGCUGCUCUACUCUUGUAUUCAUGGACUGUUACAUUCAUAUGUUGUUGUUAUUGUUGCCGUUGUUGUUGUUUCAACUUAUAUACUACCCCAUAGCACUUAAAA